AUGGUGCAGAAUAUCAGAGACAUGGAUGAAUUAAGAAAAUUUUUGAAAGCUGCUGGAACGAAUCUUGUGGUGGUUGAAUUUUCAGCAAAAUGGUGUAGUCCUUGCAAAAGGAUUUAUCCUCUUUUUCGUGCAAUGUCUCAGCAAUACCCAGGUGUAAUGUUUGCCACCGUGGAUGUGGACGAGGCUCGGGAGUUGGCCGAAAUUUAUCACGUCAAAGCAGUACCCACAUUUCAGAUGUUCAAGCAAUUCCAGAAGAUUUUUGAAUUUUGUGGAGCUGACCCUAAAAAAUUGGAAGAAAAGAUUCAAGAACUCAUGUAA